AUAUGAAACGCUGCAGGAAGCUCUUUCUCAGUCAUGACUGUGUGAGCAGUGAGACAGGAGCAGGGUGCGGAGCUGUCUGCAACACCACCUCUGUCUUCCCUCUCUCUUAAAACUUCAAUCAGCAAGAGGCUCAAACUGCUUUUCAACUGCUAUUUGAUCAUUUGCAAUAUCAAAAUCUGUUUUCACUGGAGAAGAAAAUACAAUUUGCCUGGAUUAUAUGUGGAUGAAAUGAAGUUUUUUGGAGGAUUUAUGCUUGUUGGACUUCCAGGGCCCUGCAGGUAAUUACAAUUUUUUGAUUUCUCAAUUAUGGAAAACCUCACCAUGGAUAACAUGACCAUGGAGAAUGACACGUUGGUGCAUGACAAUCAAACCACGCUGGGGGUUUGGACUGACUACACAAAUGAAUACAAAGUGGUCAGCGUGUUUCUGGUGUCCCUUAUUUGCGGGAUGGGGAUUGUGGGGAAUGUGAUGGUGAUCAUGGUGGUGUUGACCACCAAACACAUGCGGACCCCCACUAACUGUUACCUGGUGAGCCUGGCCGCGGCUGACCUGAUGGUGCUGACGGCGGCCGGGCUGCCCAACAUCACCGACGCCCUGCACGGACAGUGGGUGUACGGCUACGUAGGGUGCCUGGGCAUCACUUAUUUCCAGUACCUGGGAAUAAAUGCGUCCUCCUGCUCCAUCACAGCCUUCACCGUGGAGCGCUACAUCGCCAUCUGCCACCCCAUCAAAGCGCAGUUCCUGUGCACUUUAUCCAGGGCGAAGAAGAUCAUCAUGGUGGUGUGGGCGCUCACCUCCGUCUACUGCGUAAUGUGGCUUUUCCUCUCGGACACGGAGAAGUUGGUGUACGACAACGUGGUGCUUCUCAGCUGCGCCUACAAGGUGUCCAGGACUUACUACCUGCCCAUUUACUUCACGGAUUUCGCGGUGUUUUACGUGCUGCCCCUCAUGCUGGCCACGGUUCUGUACGGACUGAUCGCCCGGAUACUUUUCCUCAACCCGCUGCCAUCUGAUCCAAAGAACAGCACCAAGAAGUGGAAGAAGGAGGCGAGUCAGGGCGGGAGGAUGGUCAGCACCUGCUCCUCCAGCAGCACCACGGCCGCCUCGCGCAGACAGGUGACAAAGAUGCUGGCUGUGGUGGUGGUCCUCUUCGCCUUGCUUUGGAUGCCCUACCGGACCCUAGUGGUUGUCAACUCCUUCCUGGACGACGCCUACCUGGACAACUGGUUCCUGCUCUUCUGCCGACUCUGCGUCUACCUGAACAGCGCCAUCAACCCGGUCAUCUACAACGCCAUGUCCCAGAAGUUCCGAGCGGUUUUUAAGAAGUUGUGUCACUGUGGCCCACAACGUAUGGAGAAACCAGCUGCUUACAGUGUGGCGCUAACCUACAGCGCCAUCAAGGAAUCGUCCAAUGGGGAAAGUCCAGACAACUUCCCUUCAGGAUUGGACGAAGUGACCACGCCGGCGGAUCAGUACUUACCCGGCGUUUUGCCAAGUAGCAAGAAGAAGCCGCUCCUAAAGCCCUCCCUAUCAGGGAGUAAUGUCAAAGUCUGACUAUAAACAAACGUUGCCCUUAAAGACAGUAGCAGAGACUUAGCUGCAGGAUGGAUUUAGUUACACAUGGGACUUUUUAGAGAAGAUUUAAUUAAAAGUACCCCAACACAACCAAUUUGAUGUGUUUUCCCUUCCUUUUCUUUUUGGCCCAAAAAUAUAAUAGGAUGCUAUUUGAUGAGCCAACUUCAGCAUUUUAUACAAAGCAGAUACAGGUAGCUUUCACAAACCUUGCAAAGAUACAAUUUAUUGGUACAAAAAACAGAAACCAAAUUGGAGCAUCCACUUCCCCUUCCCUCUUCACACAAAACAGAACCAGACUAAUAUGCCACACUUAAUAUUGGUAGUUUCCUGCUAUAUGAUGCGGCUCAGUGAUAUUUAAAAACAUACUUAUUUCAAUAUUUAUCAAAGAACUAUUGUUGUUCUAACCAAGAAUCAUGCAAGCUUUGGACAGAAUAUAUAUUUAAAUUAUUAAAAUGAUCACAAAUAGAAAUAGAAUAUUCAAUCCCCUCUAGUCCUAUUAAAUCCCCCUGUGUGUAAUGUUUACAGCCAUGGUCUUCUCUUCAUGGUCAGUGUUGUUACAGUUUGUUGCCGAUGUGUUUUAAUGAGAGCCUUCCCAGCUAGAAAUGUUUGGUUCUAAAAACAUUCUGAGAAUGUUACAUUCAUUGUUCUAGGAAUGUUUUCAGCAGGAAGUUUUCUUUUGGUUCCCAGAACAUUCUUCUGAAAGGUAGGAUAACGUUCUCUAAAAACAUUCUUAAAAUGUUUGGUGAUAACAUUGUUAGAACAUUAUGCCCUCCUGUUCUUAAAACGUUUUUAGCGGGAAGUUUUUGUUUGGUUCCUAGAAUGUUCUUCUGAAAGAUAGGAUAACUUUCUCUAAAAACAUUCUUAAAAUGCUUGGUAAUAACCUUUUCUAAAUGUUUUUGAUAACAUUGUUGGAACAUUAUGCCGUACUAUUCUUAAAACGUUUUCAGCUGCAAGUUAGAUUUUUUUAUGUUGCCAGAAUGUUAUUAUUUUAGAGAAGGAUAACGUGCUUUAUCGUUCCGAUUUAUCAAAAGUCUUUUUUUCUUUUUUUGUAUGUGACCAGCAGCUAGUACAAGUCACUGUCGGUGUCACAUGCUCUGGAGGGGACCCAUAAUCAGACUCGGAAUCAGCUGGUGAAAGUAACAUUUGUUUAUUAGAAAAGGGGAGCUGGGAGUGGAGGUUGGUGAUGGCGGCAGUGGGAAAUAGUUGUUCCAGGGUGGGAGGAGAGGCCUGGCUGGUAUUGGGAGUGUGGAAGGCCUUGGAUUCCUCCUGGGAGAGACACAAAAAUGAGUGUGAGGCAAAAGCAGGCGAAGUUGUCAAAGAAUAUGCUGGUAAAAAGCUAGAGCGGCACGCAACAAUCUGGCAGGGAAUGAGUGCAGGCUGCAGGCUUUCAUAGUGUGGCUGAUGAGCAGGUUGGAGGUGUGGUUGAUUGGAGAUGGCUCCCAGCUGUGUAGAGCAGACCAGCAGGCACGGGGGGGGGGAUAUUUGUAUCCAAUAUGCAUAAACAGCGGACACUGUUUAUACGCAGCCCUCACAAACCACACACGGCCAGAUAGCCUAUCUAACAGUUAGAACCUACAUACGAGACACAACCUUUAUAAUCAGAAAAAAGUGUGAUUAUUUUCUGAUAUUUUACACAUGAUAUUAUGAAUACUGUGGGCCUAAAUACCUUAGUGUAAUUAUAAGUGUAUGUGAGUGAAUAUUGGCAUGCAUAAAUUCGUUUUUAUACGUCCUAUUCAUUGUCUCAAUGCGCUCAUACAUCUUAAGAAAGUUAUCACCAACAAUUAGAGAACGUUAUCCUACCUUUCAGAAGAACAUUCUGGGAACCAAAAUAAAACGUCCCGCUGAAAACUUUCCUAGAACAAUGAAUGGUAACAUUCUCAGAAUUUUUUGAGAACCAAAAAUGUCUAGCUGGGAACUCAGACACGCCACCGCAAACAUGCAAUAUCUGCUUACAGCUUUUUUUUCUUUUUUUUUAUAACAUCCUUUUCAAACAAAUGCAACAAGUUUGUUUUCUAAAGCGCUCUAGAAAUAAAUCUGACGUUGAUCAUGACUGUGUUAAUAUUUGCCAUCACAGGAACGUUUUGUAAAAAAAGAAUAACAUCCUGAAAACAUUUUCAGAAUGUUGCUUGGAGAAUGUUCUUCAUUUGUUAUCAUGUAACAUUGAGGGAACAUUUUAUAAAGAACAUCUUUAAUGUGUUACCCAACAACGUCCAACACAUAUUCUUAGAAUGUUGCAGGCAAAACGUUCCACCUUUGUUAACAUAUCACAUUAAAGGAACGUUUUAUAAAUAAACUUUCUGUCAUCUCAGGCCUUAAUAACAUCCUCAAAACAUCCCCUGAAUGUUGCAGUUAAAGCGUUAUCUCUUAGUUAACCUUAAACCUUAUAGGAACAUUAUUUGAAAAAAUAAACAUCCUAAAAAGGUUCUUUGAACAUCAGAUUAAAACGUUUCUUUAAAACCUUAUUAGAACCUGUAGGUAACGUUAGCCAAAGUUGUGAGAACGUUCCCCGCUAGCUGGGUUACUACUUGUUCCUACAGAUCGGUCUACAGUAAUUACUGGUUUGAUGGCAAGUCCAUGUACUCUGUGUAGAGUAUCAGGUUGUGAUGCUUCAGGUUUAAAUUAGUUCCCAUCUUGCUGUUACAGUAUCUUUUUCGUUUCAGUCUCUAAAUCACAUUAGCGCAGUCCUGUUUGGGACUGUCUUUUAACUGUUUUUUAAUUGAAUAUCCAAAACUAAAUGGAGUUUUGUAAAACCAUGCUGUACCAGGCAGUGGAAAUGUGGCACAAGACACCAAAGUAACACCUAUGGAUGCGGAGGGUUCGGGAACUUUAUACGCGGGGAAGUCAAACUUUUUGGUCUUCAUGGGCCACAUAGCAACUUCCAAAGAAAUGAACCGGGGCCCGCCUCUAACGCUAUAUCCAGUUCUCUGAAAUGAGGCUGUCAGUUGCUAAAAUAAUAUCCUUAGCAGUAACAAGUUAUGUAAGUGUGUUGGAAAGGUAGGGUUAGGGUUAUCAGUUUUGGUCUCAGUGCAUUCAUUGGACAGACCGGUCCAAUCGUGCUAGCUUGCUGUGUGCUGGCGGUUUGCAGGGUGGAUAUUUUUUAUUAAAAUAAAUAAACUCCCAAUUUUCGAAAAGCAUAUUUUGUUGUUUUAUCUGGAAUUUCCAAUGCUCCCUUUGGAAUUGCCCCCCAUUGACAUGAUGUCUUUUGUUCCCUCGGCCCAAUAGUCCACAUGCAAAUAAACACAGUCGACAAUAACCAACGUGUUUAUUUGUGUUAAGUGGUAGAAGUAAAGAAAUAGAUUUGGAAAAUUAAACAGUAUUGGAAGUGAGAAUUGAGGGCUUUCCUCGUAAUGUAGAGCUUUCUCCCUUGAUUAAGGCAUCACAUCUACUUUGUUUAAGAAAAUAUCAUGGUUUAAAAUGGAACCUUUUUUGUCAGAAAGCCCUCAAGGCUAACUUCUCCCAUGUGAGGUGGAGCUACUGAUCUAAUGGAACAUACACGUACAGCACUGGCACUAACAUCAAGCUAUCUGUUGGUAGUGUUAACUGAAAUCCUCCAAACAGUCGGCUGGGGUUUUCUUUCCUACACAUGUUAAAUAUGUAAGAUGUAAUGAGUGGUUUUGGAGGCUUUAAAGUUGUUUCAGUCAAUUUUCUGUUGAGUAAUAAGUACAGUAACGUCAUUUAAAUGAAUAAAAUGUAAUGUAAUGGGAAAUGUUUCAAGAAACUUGGCCAAAAGUGCAUAAGACUGCUUGAGGAUAGCUUGUGUUUUUGUGUUAAGACUGGGUAGCAUGUAAAAGUAUGUUGUUAAGCAAUCUAAUUCAUCAAAAGUAUAUCCAAGUUCCUAAUGUUAUAACAUAGAACAUUGCAUAUCACACCUGUGUUUAUAUCGCCAAGCCCUAGGAUGCAAUCUAAUUUGUUAUCAUGGAUAACUCGUAGCAAAAGCCUUUGUUCAAGCACCUCCUUUCAAGAAACCAUGUAAUUCACACCGUGAAAUUUUAAUCUUACUCAUAGAGAAAAAAAAAAGAAUGGGCAUGGAAUAAAAUGACCUUUUUAAAAAGUAAAAAAAAGGCCAGAUAUUACAGAAACUAAUUUAAACCUGCUGUGUCAAUCUAAGACCGCAGGGACUUUGUCUUUACAGUGACAGACACAACAAGCUUUACGAUGCUUUGGACACUGUGAAUAAGACCACUGAGGACUCUGAGCAGUCUCUGAAGGUUAGCAGCCAGUGUAUAAUGAUGAGGAAGAAAUGUGUAACCCUGACAGCGAGGCUGUUUGUCAAAGGGUCAGCAGGCAGUAAUUCACUAAUAUUGGCACAGACUGCAGAGUGCAGCAAUUUUCUGUGAUGUAUAUGCUCGGCAAAAAUCUCGGAGCAAUGAUGGAAUGUGUAAAUAGAUCACGACAAAGUGCCAUACUUAAGCUGGUGCAAUCCACAGUAUGUAUAGCUCACCCUGCUAUUAAAAGAAGCAUUUUCUGCUGUUUGUUUGACCUAUGUAUACAAAUUGAAUAGCAGGGAAUGACAUCUGUGUGAACUUAAUGAAAAGAACCUGUUCAUUAUGAGCAGUCAGCUUUUCUGUGUAAAGUUGCUCAAAUGUAAUUGUGCAGUUCAACGUGAAAUGAUUAAACGUUUUAUUUUCAAUUGUGUGCCAGCAAGUGCAUUUAAAAAAGAAAAAAAAGCUUGUUUCUAUCCAGUGAUGUUUUUUUUAAUUUCAAACAAAUCAGUGGAAGCUAACAAGCUCCAAAUAUGAAUAUGUGAGAGAUAAAAGCUUUGGAGCUUGUAGUGCAAAUUACCUUUUAUUCAUGCACUUUUAUUUAUUUUCUUCCUUUGCCCUCAGUUAAAAUGCAUUCUGUUUAUAGUAAAACAUCACAGUUGUAAUGAAGAUGUGUUGCAUCGUGCGCAGUUUGCAACAUGAACGCAAUGCUUUUGUGAGGUGAACAUGAAGAUCUGACACCAGAUGUAUUUUCAUCUGAGGCGAGGCUUUUUCCUUCUUGCUGUUUAAUGUAUUGUUUUGUAUUUUGUAUUGUUUUGUCUAUAAUAAACAGAGACUAUCAUUG